AUGAUCGAUCGUUUUUCACGUUGGGUUGAGGCUGUUCCCUUGAAGGACAUCGAGGCAAUAACGGUUUAUCGCGCCUUUGUUGAUGGUUGGUUGUCUCGUUUUAGGGUCCCGGAGAAGGUCACGACGGAUCAGGGAAGUCAAUUUGAAUCACUCAUUUUUAGAUCAUUGCUUCAAAUGUCUGGUUGUUAUCGUACUACGGCGUAUCACCCUGCCGCUAACAGAAUAAUCGAGCGAUGGCAUCGUACUCUGAAGGCGGCCCUGAUGUGUCACAAUGGUGAGAAAUGGAUUCGCGUUUUGUCAACGGUUUUACUUGGUUUGCGCACCAACGUUUUCGAUUCGGGAGCUUCGCCUGCGGAAUAUUUAUACAGAACAACAUUGAAAAUUCCGGGUGAAUUUAUUCUUCCGGAGGAAUUCGUUCCAAAUCCUCAAAUUUUCCUUGAAGAAUUUCGCGAGAACAUUAGACUUGUUAAACCUGUUCCGGUCGAACAUAAACAUAAAAGGAAAAUUUUUGUUCACAAGGAUUUGAAUACGUGUUCUCAUAUUUUUUUGCGCCUUGGACGAAUAAAAAAAUCCCUAGAGUCACCAUAUUCGGGACCUCAUAAAAUAACUAAGAGAAUUUCCGAUCGAAUUCUGGAAAUUGAUGUUAAUGGUAUUAAGAAAAAUGUGUCGAUUGAAAAUGUUAAACCCGCAUUUUUCGCACGCGAAAAUCUAACAAUGCAAAGCUGGUAUGCAAGCGAUAAUCCUUCGUCGAGUAGUUCUCCUUUUGAUGUUGUGAUUUCUUCGCCGGACAAUAUUGUCCAAACGCCAAUGAACAAUACUCCUCUCAAUAGUGAUAAUUCUAAUCAAAACCACGAAAGUAUUCAAUUACCUAAAUUAAGAACUUAUACUAAUAAGAAGAAAAAAGUUACUUUUAAUUUCGCGAAUGAUUCAGAUCAUACUUAUUCCUGCGCAGGAAAAUAA